UUGAAACAGAAAUGGCCGUCAUUACUUUUGUUCGAAAGGCGCGAGAUUUUCUUUGAAAAACUCAACAACAACAGUAGAUGUUGUCGUUGAAGCUGUCUCGCACGCAAAACGGCUUCGCUUAACUCUAUACAGCUCAGGAUCAACCUCGUCGCCGAACUACUAACUAACGUGUUGUGUUUCUUCUCGUUGCGUCAUCGGCUCAAUCUCAUGUCAAACUUGAUUGUUCUAAAAGUCACACCGGCCAGGAGUGUUGCUGAUAUUCGGCGUAGGGUAAAAUAUAAUUGCUUAUGAAGAACCACUUUCCAUUAAGGUGUAGUCGACGUUAAUAUCCACAUGGAAUAUGAUACGACCCUUCAUCAGCUGUGUUUUUUUGUGUGUGUGGCCUGGUAACACGAUCCGUUCGCGAUUCGCACAGACUUGAACAGCGUUAAGUUUGGAGUCUAAUGACAUGCAGGACUCGCACGAUUCUGAACGUGACGAACUGUUUCAAAAUCUAUCUUGUGCAGUUCAAGAGAUUCAAGGGCGUGUUGCUCAAGGGUACAGCGUGAUAUGGAAUUGCAGUGCUGUUGACAAAUUAUGUUUCUGUAUGGAGGACGUCUUUAAUCAUGGACUUAAGGAAGGGCUGCUGAGCUGGGCUUCUAGCAACCAAGUUUCCUUUUGGUCACUGGCAAACAAUAUUACUUGUAAAAAAGAUAUUGAAGAUAUCAAGAGACUACAACUGAAAUGUGAACAGGAGAAAUGUUUGGCUUGGAUAAGACAAGGACUGAAGGAAAAUACACUUGGAAGCUACAUAAAUGUUAUUACACAAGAUGAAAAGCUCCUUAGAGAAUUCUACCACUCUCAUGCAUUCUUCUGCGAUCAAGAGAAGGCAGAAAAAGUCAGGGACCUGAUCAUGUAUGGUAUAUCACACCUGGAUUUUGACAUCUCUUUGUCAAGCAGUUCCAAAAGGCUUGUGGCAAGGAAGGACAACCCAGCCAUGAUUGCUGCAGAUGCAAUGAUAACUCGUCUUCCUGAAAGAUCAAGUACUGUGAAUGGCAGUGCAUCUCCUUCAAGCAGUUGGAAUGGCCAUGAACAUGAUACUAACUGGCAGGACCAAGAAAGUAGUACUUUGAAAUCUGAGCAAACUGGAAAGAAGAGAAAGAAAAAGAAAAAGGCUGGAGUAGCAAUGAUUGCUGAUACAGAGGAAGCACACUGUACAGAUAAAGUGAUUCAAAUGCACAGGGAGUUAGAUUUACAUGAUUUUAACCAAAAGUUUAAAACAUGUGAGAAUGAAAAUGGGACUGAAGGAACUUCUGAAAAUAGUAAACUUGUUAACAACAUUCUAAACAGUGCUUUGGAUGCAGAAGACACUAGUUCUGAAAUUUCUUUAACUAUGGAGUUACCAGUGUCUGAAAUUGUUUCUGAAAAAUUUGAAGAGCCUUCAAGAACUAUUAAUCAGACAGAAGAUGCCUUAGCAAAUGCUCUUACAACUGAAGAAAUAACUACCAAUGACUACCUACUUGAAGAGAAAGUUUGUUUAGAUGAAGAUGUUGUCAACACUACUGUAGAAAGAAGUGAAGAAAAGGAAUGCAUGGGAAUGAAUACAGAAGAGAAUAAAGAACUCGAUGCAAAUUGUAUUUCUGAUCAUAAUACAUCAUAUGAGGCAUCAUGUUUCGCAGAAAGAAGCUGUGAGGCAGAUACACAUGUUGUCAACAUACCAGUGGUGGAAAACAGAUCAUCAUCUCUGAAUCCUUUUGAGGAUUCAGGUGAUGACGAAAGUGAUGCUGUUGAUGGAGUGACUGAGAAAGAUGAUAAUACUUCUGAGAGUGAGACUCCAGAACAUUUUGCUUCCUUGGCAACUUUUGAGUGUGGUACUCCAAAGCAGGUGGACAGCAUUCGGGAAAUUGAAAAAGAAAGAACAUUAUCCAAUGUGAGUUAUGAAGGAGAAGACUUUAACAUUAUACCAGGAAUCCACAAAGAUUCAGUAAGUGGAAGUUCAGGGAGCUUCAAUGGAUCAGGUUCAUUUUCACAAAGAAGCAGCAGAAAUAACACCUUGGAUUCAAUUCCUAGGAGCUCAACAUUUGGAAGCUCAGUGGCCUCAGGUUCAUGGCCAAACAGAAGUGGCUCUUUCAACCACAAUUACUCUAAAGUUGAAGCAGGGUUUAGUGUUGGAUCUUCUGGCAGUGAGUUGAGUGAGUAUGAAAUGUUUGAUGAGUUACUUGGACUGGAAGAAGACCACUUCUCUCCCCCAGAGUCCUUCAUGGGCUUUUCCACCUCAGAAGAACUUAAACAUGCAAUAACUGCCUGCAAAGACAUGAUAAAUGCAGCAUCUGAAGAUACAGAGGAAAAGAACAAGCUUAUCAACAAACUUGUCCAGCUGAGGCUCAAACUGCAGGAUACACAGGAUUCAAAAACAGAGAAUGAAACCAACGCUAAGAAAAUCCUGAGUCAUCUUUUCGUGAAGGAAGAUGACCCAGGAAAAAAGAGUCAUUGUGAUAAAUGUGGUAAAACAAUCUGGAUGUGGCAGUCAUUAUACACCUGUAACGCUUGCAAUUAUCACUCUCACAGACGCUGCUUGGAGCUCAUUCGUCGACCAUGUGCCAGUCGUAAGGUGUCGGUCAGCAAGUAUAACUUGAGAAUUUGUCCAGAAACAGGGAUGUCAUCACAACAGUAUAAGUGUGCAGAGUGUAGGAAACAGAUUGGACUAACAAGAGGUGAACGAUCUGAAGCGCGCCUUUGUGAUUAUUCUGGUCAGUAUUUUUGUGAAGAGUGUCACUGGAAUGAUAUGGUGGUAAUACCCGCCCGAGUGGUUCAUAACUGGGACUUCUCUACCUACAAGGUUUCAAGACAGUGGAAACAGUUCUUGGACCUCAUGCUGACAAGACCUUUGUUAAAGAUUGAAAAACUAAACCCGGAGCUGUUUAAAUUUGUCGUGGAAUUGAGGGAAAUUAAGCGUUUGAGAGAAGAGAUUCUUAUCAUGAAGAAGUACUUUGUAACGUGUCGUGAGGCGCUGGAGAGAAAGUUAUUGUUACAGCUGAAGGAGAAACAGCACUUUGUGGACAGUGACAACAUUUACUCUCUCCAAGAUCUCAUUGAUAUAAACAGUGGUUCUCUUUCGGCUUUCCUCACAAAAACUCACUCUGUCUUCUUCACACACAUCAAGAAGGAAUGUCAGCUCUGUAAAGCGAAAGGUUUUGUGUGUGAGAUUUGUGGAAAAGAUGAAGUCAUUUUUGCUUUCGACCCACAUGCUGCACAAUGCAACGAGUGCAGAGCUGUAUAUCACAAGAACUGUUUCAAAGUCGGUGUGUGUCCCAAAUGCGAACGGAGACAGAAAAAAUCUUUUAAAAGCUAACUACAAAAGGACGCCAUACAUGAUUCAAAUUCCUAAACCUGGAGAGAGUAGAGAGGGCUACUGUCGCUUCGGAAAAGAAGUGAAGACUGAAAUAGCUCCUAUAUGUGAACAAUAAAUUAAGUGAUGGCGCUAAUCGUGGACAUCGCAAGCCGCAAGGAUGCCGGUCUGCAAUUGGAGCAUAUGCAAAAAGACUGGUAACCUUAGAAAGAAGAAUGUAAAUUUUCCAGGUUACUGUCCAAGUGUGCUCUGGCGUGGAAUACUUCAAGUACAUGAUUCAACCAAACGAAAAAAUUCUUCUGCUGUGAUAUUUGAAGCCACAACUACGCUCUCUUUUUCGUUCUUGAAUGAAACAUUUACCCUCUUUCUACAAAUAAAAAUCGAAAAUGUUUUUCCCUGAAGGUAACCGGUGACCGUACUAUUCUAAUUCGCUAGAAGGUAGCUUCUCACUACAUAAGGGAAUGGAAAGCGCUUGAGAUCAACACUUGUGUAUUGCGCUGUAAAAGUGAAACGUUAUUGGUUUGUUUUGUUUUAUUUAUUGGCGCGUUUAAUCGUUGAAGAGAAGACACCGCAGAAGUUUUCUUUCUUUUUUUUUUCUCCUUUUAUAGCUGUUGUUAAAAAAAAAAAAAAAAAAAAGAGGAAAACCCAAAAAUAUUGUAAUUCUCAAAAAUUAACUUGUAGGCGUUUUUUUGACAUUGUCUACUCAAAAACAGAUUGCUUUUUAUGAUCUAUGACGCGUGUGUAAACACUGUUUCUCAAACCUUAACUGCCUCAGUACCGAUCAAAUUGUUUAAGUCUAUAUUAUUUAUAUAGGUAUAUACGGGUAUAUACAGAGUUAUGCCGGUAUAUAUAUGUAGCUUAGUGAACCGUCUUCAAUUCGUCCCAAGUCUACGGAAGCCAACGCGGUUGGGUGGUUUCUCUGAUUGGUUAAUGAGCAUUUUGUUUACUGAAGAGCGUUGCUCUUUAGCAAUAGUGACCUCUUUGUAAAAGUAAAGGAAACUACGUAAUUUAUUAAGAAGCAGAGAAGUUUUUUGGGUUCGAAGGUUUCAAAAUCCUUCGAUGUUGUAGUUAAUUAAAAUUAAACUUUCAUUAAAUUAUGAUUCAAUUA